AUGAAGCUUUCUUUUACCUUGCUGGCGGCUGUUGCCGCGCCGGCAACCCGUUGCCUCACACUCGGAAGUCGCUCCAAAUCGUACAACGUGAUCCACGAGCCCGGCAAGCGCGAACUCCUGCAGGACCUCAUCACCUGGGACUCGCAGUCGCUCUUCAUCCGCGGCGAGCGCGCGCUGCUCUUCUCUGGCGAGGUCCACCCGUUCCGCCUGCCGGUACCCUCGCUCUACCUCGACGUCCUCCAGAAGAUCCGCGCGCUGGGCUUCAACACUGUCUCCUUCUACGUCGACUGGGCGCUGCUCGAGGGCAAGCCGGGAGAGUUCCGCGCCGACGGCAUCUUCGCGCUCGAGCCCUUCUUCGAGGCCGCGACCAAGGCCGGUAUCUACCUGCUCGCCCGGCCGGGGCCGUACAUCAACGCCGAGGUCUCCGGCGGCGGCUACCCGGGCUGGCUGCAGCGCGUCAAGGGCCUGCUGCGCACUGACGCCCCGGACUAUCUCGCGGCGACCGACAACUACAUGGCCAACAUUGGCGCCAUUAUCGCCAAGGCCCAAAUCACAAACGGAGGGCCGGUCAUUCUGUUCCAGCCGGAGAAUGAGUACAGCGGUGCCUCCGUGUCCCCGUUCCCAAACAAAAAGUACAUGCAGUACGUCAUUGACCAGGCUCGCAAGGCCGGCAUCGUGGUGCCGCUGAUCGACAACGACUCCUAUCCCGGCGGCACUGGUGCGCCUGGCACCGGUGAGGGCGAAGUCGACAUUUAUGGGUUUGACUCUUAUCCCCUUGGAUUUGACUGCGCUCAUCCGGAUGUGUGGCCGGCAGGUAACUUGCCCACCGACCUGCACAAGACGCACAUGCGACUAAGUCCAAGCACGCCCUUCUCGAUAGUUGAGUUCCAAGGCGGAUCUUAUGAUCCUUUUGGUGGCUACGGCUUUGAUCAAUGCUACAAGCUGGUGAACCACGAAUUCUCUCGCGUCUUUGACAAGAACAACCUUGCUGCGGGUGUGAAUAUCUUCAACAUCUACAUGAUCUUUGGCGGCACCAACUGGGGAAACCUAGGUCAUCCCAAUGGGUAUACAUCGUACGACUACGGUGCUAGCAUCCGAGAAGACCGCUACAUUGACCGCGAGAAAUACUCUGAGACGAAGCUGGAAGCGCAGUUCAUGCGCGUUUCCCCCUCCAUUCUGGAAACAACGCCUGGCGAUGCCACCACGGGUGUGUACAGCGACAGCAAGGACAUUGCUAUCACGCCCAUGCUCUCCAAAAAGGCCGGCAACUACUUCGUCGUCCGACAUGCCGACUACCAAAGCCUUAACUCGACGUCGUACGUCGUGAAGCUGCCUACCUCGCAAGGAACGCUGUCCAUCCCGCAGGCCGGCGGCAGGCUGACCUUGUCCGGCCGCGACUCCAAGUUCCACGUCACCGACUACGUGAUGGGAGACUAUACUCUGCUCUACUCCACGGCUGAGAUCAUGACCUGGCAAAAGUUCGACAAUCGGACACUUGUCAUCCUAUACGGCGGCGCCGGCGAGAUGCACGAGUUCGCGCUGAAGAACGCCGUGCGGGUGGGCGACAGCUACGGCAGCAGCGUGGCCUAUCAGCAGCGAAACAGCUCCGUCAUCGUCCAGUUCACGCCGACGCCGGAGCGUCAGGUCAUUCGCAUCGGCGACCUUACCGUGUUCAUGCUCGAUCGCAAUAGUGCCUACGACUACUGGGUGCCGGUCCUCCCCAAGGACGGCUCCGCGUACGGCAGCUCCGUGAUGAACCCCGACACCAUCAUCGUCAACGGGGGCUAUCUCGUCCGCUCCGCCUCCGUCAGCGGCGCCACCGUGUCCAUCCAAGCCGACUUCAACCAAACCACCUCCCUCGAGGUCAUCGGGGCGCCCCGACGCGCCUCCAAGCUCUCCGUCAACGGCAAGCCCACACGCUUCAAGAAGACCGCCGACGGCACCUGGCUGUCUACGCCGUCCAUCCGCCUCCCUACCUCCGUGCCGCUGCCUGACCUCCGUGCCCUCAACUGGCACGCCGUCGACUCGCUGCCCGAGAUCCGGCCCGCAUACGAUGACGCGCUCUGGACGCGCGCCAACCUCACCGCGACCCCAAACCCGCGCGGCGCGCCGCUCCGCACGCCCGUGUCGCUGUACGGUGCCGACUACGGCUUCAACGCGGGCGCCCUGCUCUUCCGCGGCACCUUCACCGCCGCCGGCGAUGAGGACCAGCUCUUGCUCACCACGUCGGGCGGCACCGCCUACGCCGCCGCCGCGUGGAUCGACGACGUCUUCGUCGGGUCCUUUGCCGGCCGCAAGGACUGGGAUACCGUCAUCGUCACGCACACCAUCCCACCGCAGCCCGCCGGCAGCCGCCACGUGCUGACGGUCGUCGUCGACAGCAUGGGAUUCAACGAGAACCUGACGCCCGGCAACGAUGACAUGAAGGCGCCCCGCGGCAUCCUCGACUACCAGCUGCACUCCACCGCGAACAGCACCCGCGGGCCAACGCCCAUCACCGACUGGAAGAUUGCCGGGAACCUCGGCGGCGAGGACUACCGGGACCGCUUCCGCGGGCCGCUGAACGAGGGUGGCUUCUUCUUCGAGCGCAGCGGCUACCACCAGCCGUCGCCGCCGCUCGACCGCUUCGCCAAGGCCUCGCCGUUCAACGGCACCGCCGAGGCCGGCGUCAGCUACUACGCGGCCAAGUUCGACCUGGACCUCCCCGCCGACGAGUACGACAUCCCCAUCGCGGUGCGCUUCGACGGCGACGGCAACGCGCCGACGUACCGCGCGCUGCUCUACGUCAACGGCUUCCAGUACGGCAGGUACGUGAGCAACAUUGGCCCGCAGACCGAGUUCCCGGUGCCCGAGGGCAUCCUCAACUACAAUGGAGAGAACUGGCUGGGCGUCGCCGUCUGGGCCAUGGACAGUGACGGCGCCAGGAUCCCAGGCCUGUCCCUCACUUCCCGUCCGCCAGUCUUGACGAGCAGGAACAAGGUUGAACUUGUCAAGGGGCCGUCGUAUACCAAGCGCGAUGGCGCAUUCUAA